AAAAUCAGAAGCAACUUGCUUCUUCCGAUUGUGAAUUGUGCGGGAAUCUCAUGCCUUCAUUAAUGAAAUUUUGGUUAUUCCCAAAAUAACCCUGAACCUAAGCCUCCUUCCGCCAUCUCUCCUCUCUGAGGCUUUUUUCUGUUCCUUCGCCAUCCCAUCUCGUGCUGAAACCGAAGCCUCCUCUCGUGCUCUCUCAGCCUUAGCCAAAGCUCUGAUUUGUUUGGACGCUCCGAUCGCAUGGCCUCUGUACCUACUCCUUAUCAGACUCACAUUCCUCUCCCCUCGCUCUCUGAUGAGACGCCCCUAAAACAUGAAGCUCAUUUAUCCGAAGUUCCUGUUCACAUCGUUACUCAUGCCUCUCAACUUCCCCCUGAGUUUCUGCACCCGUCAUCUGAAAGGCAGUUGGUCAUUGGUUUCGAUUGCGAGGGAGUUGAUCUGUGUCGCCAUGGAACACUCUGUAUAAUGCAGCUUGCAUUUCCAGUUGCUAUAUAUUUGGUCAACGCCAUUCAGGGUGGAGAAAUGCUUGUGAAAGCAUGUAAGCCUGCACUUGAGUCUAGUUACAUCACAAAAGUCAUUCACGAUUGCAAACGAGAUAGUGAGGCCCUGUAUUUCCAGUUUGGCAUCAAAUUGAACAAUGUUAUGGAUACACAGAUUGCUUUUUCCUUGAUAGAGGAGCAGGAAGGGCGACUGCGAUCUCCAGAUGAUUACAUAUCAUUUGUCAGCCUCCUUAAGUUUGUAUUUGUAGGUAUAUACGUGUGUAUGGAUAUAUAUGUUUGCAAGAACUAUUUUUUUGGAAUGGGGAUGUUUAUUUGGUUGGAAUUGUUUCAUGGAUAUGGUUAUGUGUUUCAUGGAUGUGUUGAACGCACUUUUGAAGUUUCUUGCUAUCAAUGAGGUAAUUUUUAUUUUUGAAAUGAUAUUUUUACAACGAAAUGGCUUCUCGCCACAGAGUCAGGUUCUCGUGCAUUCAGAUUAUCAAGAUUGUAACUGUCUAUGCCAAGCUUUGCAAGAGAGAGAGCACAAAACAAUUCCAUAACUCGAAGAUAAGUUCCCAUUAGUGUACAAGAAGGUCAGGCCACCAACUAGGAAGCUAAAGACCACAUACAAGGCAUCAAAGCCCAACUUGUUUAUGUAACUUGGUCAUUUGACGAUCAAGCUUUUAAGAGAAGUCUUGGAUCUUUCUGGUAGAAACAUCUUUUUUGGUCCCUUUUUGUUAUUUUAUCGGAUAUUUUGUUAUUUGAUCAUCUUUGAAC